AUCUCUCUUGUUUCUAGCAUGAACUUUUGUGCCUUAGACGGCGCCAGUUUUCUUUUUCAUUGCCUCUCGUUCUCCUGUUCCUUGCGUGAUUUUCUCCUGCUGUGUUCCAACGAGCGUGUCGAUAUUUCUGUCGUCCUUGGUACCGCAUUCUCGGCCGUUGUGUCCCACUUCCCGGUCCGGUUCCCUCACAAGCGAAGAUGUCUGUCGCAAACAGAAAGUUUGUAAACGGUGCAUUGGAGGCCGCCGUCAACUUCUGGCGUUCGGUCGACCGGAGAGAAGAAACCCAGAAAGAAACCCUGGAGCUGCUCAAAAAUUUGACCGAAGAUGAACUUGCGAAGCUCUUCCUCGCCCGCCUAGAAUUCGGAACGGCGGGUUUACGAGGACGAAUGGGAGCCGGGUUCAGCAGAAUGAACGACGUGACUAUCCAACAAACUACCCAGGGAUAUUGCGCCUUCCUCGUAGAUGUCUUUGGAGAGGACGGCAAAGAUCGUGGCGUUGUGAUUGGCUUCGAUGCGAGACAUAACUCAAGAAGGUUCGCUCAGCUGACGGCUGCGGUGUUUUUGAGCAAAGGCUUUCGCGUGCAACUCUUCAGUGACAUCGUGCACACGCCCAUGGUGCCCUACACGGUUGUGGCCGCGAACUGUAUCGCGGGCAUUAUGAUUACAGCAUCUCACAACCCCAAGGCUGACAACGGCUACAAGGUGUAUGCGGCGAACGGCGCACAGAUCAUCCCACCUAUGGACAGCGAGAUCUCCGCCUUCAUCAACAGCAAUCUCGAUUUCUGGAGCGACGUGGAUGAGUAUUUUGACAGCAAAACCGGGAUGCUGACGGAGAAGGCCGCGAACAGUUCUCUCUUGGAGGAUCCACUGAACACGUACGUUGACGCUUAUAUCAAGGACAUUGCGGCAGACCUCUGCGUUGCGGAACAGCAAGGAAGUGACUUGAAGUUCAUGUACACUGCCAUGCACGGCGUUGGAACGCCGAUGGUCAAGAAGAUGCUUGCGGCGUUUGGUUUCAACGAUAACCUCCUCACAGUGGAUGCUCAGUGUACUCCGGACCCUGAGUUCCCCACUGUAGCCUUCCCGAAUCCGGAAGAGAAGGGUGCGCUCGAUUUAGCGUUCCAGGAGGCCGACAGCCACGGUCUUACUCUGGUCAUUGCCAACGACCCAGAUGCAGAUCGCUUUGCCGCAGCUGAGAAAUGCGACGGUCGCUGGUACCAGUUUACGGGAGACGAGCUGGGAGCUAUCCUGGGGGCGUAUGCAAUAAAACUGAGAGAAGGUCAGGGAAUCUCCAAAUCGAAGAUGGCACUCAUCUGUUCUGCUGUCUCUUCGCGGAUGCUUCAAAAGAUUGCCAAGGAAAACGGCUGCACAUUUGCCGAGACAAUGACGGGAUUCAAGUGGAUGGAGAACAAGGCAAUUGAAAUGGAGGCGGAAGGCCUGAUACCGGUGUUUGUGUACGAAGAGGCCUUGGGUUAUGCUCUGAGCCAAAGAGUACGGGACAAAGACGGCGUGAGUGCAGCAGCGGUGUGGAUGCAGAUGGCGAUCGACCUCUACUCGAGAGGCCAAACGGUGAUGGACUUUUUAAUGUCUUUGCGCAAGCGGUACGGCUAUUUUGUAACGCGAAAUUCGUAUUUCAUCUGCCCAGACCCGCGAUUGAUCCAAGGACUUUUUAAGGAUUUUGCAAACGGGGGAAACUACCCAAAACAGUUGGGACCGUUCACGAUUCGCCGAAUCCGAGAUGUUGGCCGCGGCUACGACAGCGAGGAACAGUGCAGUUUCCCGUCAAACUGUGAGAUGCUGACGGUGUACUUGGACAACGGAGCUGUCGUUACACUUCGAGGCAGUGGGACUGAACCGAAGCUGAAAUACUAUGCAGAGACCAGCUCAACUGACCCAGAGCAGGGCGUGGCGGAACUGGCAAAAGUUAUUGCCGCGGUUAUCUCAGACUUUGUGAAACCGGAGAUCCAUCCCGCGAUCCAGGUCACACUCUGAUGAGAUAAGCAUCUAACGCGUGCACAUUGGUCCACCAUGACACAUGCCACAUGUGCUGAGUUGGACAUUCUUAUCUGCGGAAUCAAGGUAGCCGUGUGUCUCUCUGUGAGGCUGAUGUUGAGGUACAAAUCCGAUAUGGCGAUGUGUACGUAUGCGCGAAGUCAGCGCGUGCUCUGAACCGUGUGCCGAGGUGGGAAACGCUUUUGAUGGACGAAAAAUAGUACCCUGUGUUUAGGCACAGCUCGCUUUCCUGUGUACACGGUGAAUCUCCCAGCGUUGGACGUUCUUGGCGCAAGCGCCGAGGUAGGAAUUCGUGAGUCGAGUUACGAGUUGCCGAUCCACUUCGUGUGAUAAUACCAAUUGCUGUUUCGGGUGUCGAGUUGGAAAGUCUUGCGCCUAUAUUCGAAUACAUGUGUUGAGUUGCACCUGUAUGGUUUGAGGAGAUUGCGUGUUAAAUGUUUUGCAUCUCGCGUCGAUUUUUAAAUGAAUUCCACACUGAGGCCCCCUAUCAGGUGCUGAAGCAGAAUCGCGAAUAUGUCACAUGCCCAGGUACAUAUGUUUUGCAUGAAUACUGAGACAAGGUUUGGUGUUUAAAUCCCCCCUGUUCUCUG